AUGUCUUCACGCGACGACGACGACAGUCACAACAACGACGACCCCUCGUCCACGUCGUACUAUGGCGCCGGCGCCGCCCCUCCCCCAACCUACGCCGCCUUCUCCCCAGUGACUCUCUCGGCCAACACCCCCUCACGAUCCGCCCGACGAUCCACAAUACUCGUCCAUCAAAAGAGCCCGCUGCUGCUGGCCACGCCGCCACAAAUCACCCGCGCUCUUGCCUACAGCCACCCCUUCAUCCUACCUCUAAACACAUUUGCCGGCCUCCUCACCUGGAGCUCUGGUGACCCGUGGAAGAGCUUCCUUCUCCUCUGCGCCUUCUGGGUCGUCGUCCUCUACGGCGAUGUCCUCGUCCGCUGGGCGGGGCCCGUCGUUGUUGCCCUGGGUCUGAUGGCCGGCAUGUACGGCCGGAGAUAUAGUCCCUUGAGCAGCAGUCCGUGGAGCGAGCAACCCGUCCGCGAACUGGGCAGUGCCGUCUCCAGAGUCGUGGGAGGAGCACCCCCCACACGGACUUCGCCGUCGCUGUCUUCGUCACCGACAGCGGACGGCUCAGCGGCGACACCUGCGACUCCAGCAAACACGGCGGGGGCUCCUUCGAAUACUUCAUCUCAAAACAGCACCUCAGCCAACGAAUCGAAACAUGCACGGAACAACUCUGAGGCCACGGCCACGAGGCACCAAAAGACGCUCGACGAGAUUGUCGAGACGCUCAAGGAGUUGACGGGCCGGUGCAACGUGCUCAUGGAUCCCCUUCUGGAGAUGACCGACUUCCUGAGCACCCAGCGCACCGCCACGAGCGCCACCACCAAACCCGCACUGACGGCCAUGUUUGUCCGUCUACUCAUCGUUACACCCUUCUGGGUCGCCCUUGCCGCCCCUCCGUGGCGCAUCGUCACCACCCGCCGCAUCGUCCUCAUCGCGGGCACCCUUAUCCUCACGUGGCAUGCUCGCGCAAUGCGUGUCACGAGGGCUAUACUCUGGCGAAGUGCCACAGUGCGACGUCUAUCCUCUGCCAUUACGGGACUCCACUUUGAGACGCCGACUGCGUCCAUCGCCGGAAAGGGAAUCGGCACCGGCAAGACCGGCCUGCCCGAAUUGGCCGCCGCCGGCCACGGACGGAGAACCUACGACAAGUCGCGCAGUGCAGGCGUCAAGUUCACCUUCAUCAUCUACGAAAACCAGCGCCGGUGGGUCGGGCUGGGCUGGACCAUGAGCCUGUUUACCUACGAGCGCCCGGCCUGGUCCGACGAGCACAACAAUGAGAUGCCCCCCAAGGACGAGUUUGAGCUGCCAGAGGUCGAGGAUGGGAGCAAGAUGCGCUGGAGGUGGGCUGACGGGAGCCGGUGGAGGGUGGAUGGUGUGUCCGAUGACCACGUCCCCAUCGACUACGACAGCCAGGAUGCCAGGAAUGGAUGGAUUUACUAUGAUAAUCAGUGGCAAAAUGGUCGCAGGGGAGUAGAUGGCUGGAACCGAUGGACACGUCGCCGCAAGUGGUACCGCGACGCGGAACUGGUCGAGGUUGAAGAGGAAGAUGACGACGACCACAGCAGCACACCCAAGACCUCGUCCGUAUCCACGACUGCUCUCGGCAACGGCACGGCGGAGGAGUCCGCCCCGAUAUCCCCUACCUGCCCAGAACCGGCCCUCCCACCCGUCGAUGAGAGGACGGCAAAAAGCGACAGCAGGCCAACGAGUUCAGACUCUGCCACCUCCAGGGCUCCCUCCGUAGCUCCCAGUGCUAGUGCCGGUGGCGGUGCCGACGACACUGCAUCGAUCCACUCGACAUCGUCACGACGAUCAUGGAAUGUAUUCCGGUCAUCUAGCUCUGCCUUGAGGAGGAAAGUAGCGGGUGACAGGCCGUCGGCCGAUGGUGCCGGUAGUACCAGCAGUCGCGCGAAUGCCAAUCAGAACCAGAGCCAGCAUGCCAGGAGAAAAAGCGAUGUCCUUAGCGAGGAAGAUGAUGAUCAUCUGAGUGGGCUCGGGAUAGAGGUGGAGAUGGAGUUGCAGAAGAGGGGGAAGGAGGGGGACUGGGGGAUUGGUGAUGAGGCGAGGAUGAAUCUUGAGUGA